AGGAUUGCGUUGAGUCUUAUUCAACUGGCUGUUGUGUACUAGUUAACGCCGAAGAAAUCACUGUUUUACUCCGUAUAUGGAUGUCACAUAUCGAUAUAAAGAACUGUCGACAUUUAUCAAAAGUGCUGACGCUGCAGUCUACACCCAAGAUUUCUGAAAGCGGCUGGAUCCAGGGCCUUCUUCUUCGCGUCCCCGAUAUCAAAAAAGCAAAAGGAGGUCCUGGGGACGAGGUUGGUCAGCUACAGUCCCGUAAAGUAUGCUAAAGCGUAUCUUUUUUAACAUCCAUCCAGGAAAUGUGUUAAAUAGUUUGCUUUGAAAUCAUGCGCACAAAAUAUCUAAUCGUUUGAUCUUUUAUAGCUACUGAAGCAAAAUUAAUGUAUAGAUAAAAAAAUCUUCUGUAAAUUAACUAUGUUGCAGCUUAUUCUUAUAUGGACACUUAGUGCUAAAUUCGCAUGCGGUGUGCGUUGGUACAACGAUAAAACAUUUCGCUUACCACAAAGAGAGCCCGUAAAGGUUGGAUAUACACGCGAAGUUAAUUUGGCAAUAGGAAGAACACACGUAUUAAAGACAUUAAGUGUAAACCCACCUAUAUUUGAAGUAAAGAACUUUCUCUCUUACGAGGAAUGUGAGUACUUAAUCUACCUGGCGAAAAACGAAGGCUUGCAAAACAGCCCCACGCAUCCAGAAUUGUUGAAUUUUUACACAACUCUCGAAGUGUUCAUGGAAUGGGAUACUAACAAUGACUCGUACAUAGAACCAAUCGAAUUCACUUACAUCAAAGGAAAAGGGGACUUGUAUCUCACCGAGUUGGAAAUAAUGAAAAUGUUGGAUCACUUAAAAAUGGACAAAGAUCACGACAAUAGAAUCAACUUUUCCGAAUUUCUUGUUACGACAGCAGAAAAAAUAAAAGAGUAUUUUGUUCAUUUGUAUAAAACAAGACCUUAUUUGAGAAGCAGAUACAGUGAGCAAGCUUGGCUUUGGCAUUAUGGAGUGUACGAUGACCUAUUGGAGGGAUUUCAUGAAAGAUUGUCUGCUCUCACUCUUCUUCCGCAUGAUUUGAUAGAAGUUAGCGAGCCAAUGCAGGUAGUACAUUAUGGAGAUGGAGGACACUAUCACUGUCACCAUGAUUCUAACGAAGUCGAUAGCUCUCUUCCUUGUUGCACAUACGAAAAUCAAAACAGUUCUGCUUGCCGACUGUGUAGAUUUUUGACUGUAAUGUUUUUCUUAAACAAUGUAACCUACGGCGGUGAAACGGCUUUUCAACUUGCUGAUAACGAGACUUUUGCAUCUGAAGCUUGGGAAAGCGAGGCAGUACGUAAAUGUAAUCUGGUUGAUAAUUGUGAAGAAAGCAAUUUGGUUAUUAAACCUGUCAAAGGCACCGCAAUAAUGUGGUACAAUCAUGAAAUUGAUCAAGCAAGCGGAUGGCUGGGCGAAUUAAACCCAAUGACGUAUCAUGGAGGCUGUGACGUCACCGAUCACGACAAAUGGAUUGCUAAUGUGUGGAUAAAUAUUAUUGGAGGAAAAGGAACACGUGAUUCAUAUAAUGGAUGGCUAGGAAAGAGAAUGGUAGACAUGAAAGAAGAUCUUUGAGAUAUUUGGACAAAAAUUUAUGGAUUUUUUAUGACUUACUAUUGUCCACACGUCUGACAAAAUGAAAAAAAGUAUACGCAUUAAAAUGUCCAUUUAAGGCUUUUGAUUUUAAUUGCUAGUCAAACGAAUUUAGCUACGUCGUCCUUUUAACACCUGUAAUUAAUGCAUAAUGAUAUAUAUUUUAUAUAUGAUA